AGAUGUCGGGUCAGACGCUGACAGAUCGCAUCGCAGCUGCUCAGUACAGCGUUACGGGAUCGGCCGUAGCCAGAGCCGUCUGCAAAGCCACCACGCAUGAAGUGAUGGGCCCCAAGAAAAAGCACCUGGACUACUUGAUCCAAGCAACUAAUGAAACCAACGUGAAUAUCCCUCAGAUGGCUGAUACGCUUUUUGAGCGAGCAACGAAUAGUAGCUGGGUGGUCGUAUUCAAAGCCUUAGUCACCACACAUCAUCUAAUGGUCCAUGGCAAUGAGAGAUUUAUUCAGUACCUGGCAUCUAGAAACACAUUGUUCAAUCUCAGCAAUUUUCUGGACAAAAGUGGAUCUCAUGGUUAUGACAUGUCCACCUUUAUAAGGCGUUAUAGUAGAUACUUGAAUGAAAAAGCAUUUUCCUACAGACAAAUGGCAUUUGACUUUGCAAGAGUGAAGAAAGGAGCUGAAGGUGUAAUGAGAACAAUGGCUCCUGAAAAACUGCUGAAGAGUAUGCCAAUAUUACAGGAACAAAUUGAUGCACUACUUGAAUUUGAUGUUCAUCCAAAUGAACUGACAAAUGGUGUCAUAAAUGCUGCAUUCAUGCUUCUGUUUAAAGAUCUCAUCAAACUUUUUGCUUGCUACAAUGAUGGUGUUAUUAACUUACUAGAGAAAUUUUUUGAAAUGAAAAAGGGACAAUGUAAAGAUGCCCUUGAAAUCUACAAACGAUUUCUAACUCGAAUGACCAGAGUAUCAGAGUUUCUUAAAGUUGCAGAGCAAGUUGGAAUUGACAAAGGUGAUAUCCCUGAUCUUACACAGGCUCCCAGCAGUCUCAUGGAGACCCUUGAGCAACAUCUAAACUCACUGGAAGGAAAAAAACCUGGCAACAAUGAAGGAUCUGGGGCUCCUUCUCCUCUGAGCAAGUCUUCUCCAGCCACAACUGUUACAUCUCCUAGUUCUACUCCAGCAAAAACUAUUGAUACAUCUCCUCCGGUUGAUCUUUUUGCAACUUCAUCUACAGCUGCUCCAGUCAGCUCUUCCAAGCCAUCCAGUGAUCUUUUGGAUCUUCAGCCAGAUUUUACCGGUACUGGGCAGGCAGCUCCAGCACCUGCUCCUGCAGGCGCUGCUGCUGCUGCUCCUGCUGCUGGAGGCACUUCGUGGGGAGACCUCUUGGGAGAGGAUAAUCUGGCUGCACUUGCUGGUGUUACCUCGGAGCCACAGAUUUCAGAUCCAUUUGCCCCAGAGCCUACUGCAGCCACUGCUCCAACUACUGAUACUACAACUACUACGGCUGCUGCCACCACAGCUACCACUGUCCCUGCUGCCACUGCUGAAGUGGAUCUCUUUGGAGAUGCCUUUGCAGCUUCUCCUGGGGAAGCCCCUGCAGCAGCUGAAGGGGCAGCAGCACCAGCUACCCCAACCCCUGUAGCAGCAGCUCUUGAUGCAUGUUCAGGAAAUGACCCCUUUGCCCCAUCCGAAGGUAGUGCAGAGGCUGCUCCUGAGCUGGACCUCUUUGCUAUGAAGCCAACAGAGACUGCUGUUCCUGUAGUUACCCCUACAACUAGUGCAGCCACUCCAGUUCCUGCAACAACUCCUUCUCCAGCUGCUGCUGUUGCUGCUGCUGCUACUGCUACUACAGCUACUGCCACUACCACCACUACUGCCACCACUUCUGCUACCGCCACCACCUCCGCUCCUCCUGCUCUAGAUAUAUUUGGUGAUUUAUUUGAGUCUGCUCCUGAUGCACCUGCAGCACCUAAACCUGAUGCUACUCCUAGCAUAGAUCUCUUUGGUACAGAUACAUUUUCAUCUCCACAACCUGCAGCUUCUCCUGUGCCUGAGAGUUCUCUCACUGGUGAUCUUUUAUCUGUGGAUGCAUUUGCAGCCCCCUCUCCUCUACCCGCUGCCUCUCCAGCAAAGGUGGAUUCUUCAGGUGUGAUUGACCUAUUUGGUGAUGCUUUUGGAAGUAGUGCUCCUGAACCCCAGCCCACUACCCAGGCUGCUUCUAGUUCCUCAGCUUCUGCAGACCUACUUGCUGGCUUUGGAGGUUCCUUUAUUGCUCCCUCUCCAUCACCAUCCCCAGUCACUCCAGCUCAAACUGGAUUACUACAGCCUAACUUUGAUGCAGCUUUUGGGACAACAGCUCCAACAACUGGCAGUUCAUUUGAUGCAUCAGUGUUUGAUGGCUUAGGUGAUCUUCUUAUGCCAACAAUGGUUCCUUCUGGUCAACCUGUAGCACCUGCAGCCGCAGCAACAGUCCCUGCUGCAGCAGCAAGCAAAGGCCUUGGAAGUGAUCUUGAUUCGUCUCUUGCAAACUUAGUAGGCAAUCUUGGAAUUUCUGGUACUACUUCUAAAAAGGGAGACCUGCAGUGGAAUGCUGGAGAGAAAAAGUUAACAGGAGGAGCGAACUGGCAGCCAAAAGUAGCACCUGCAACAUGGUCAACUGGUGGUGUCCCAGGCGGUCCUUUGGCAGGAGCUGUGCCUCCGGCAAGUGCUGUUCCUGCAGCAGGAGGUACUCCACCUGUCCCGCAGCCAGGAGCAGCAUUUGGGAUGCCCCCAGCAGGUGCAGGGGUGCCCAUGAUGCCCCAGCAGCCGGUGAUGUACGGGCAGCCGAUGAUGAGGCCCCCGUUUGGAGCCGCCGCUGGCCCUGGGGUGCAGCUUUCUCCAAGCCCAACACCUGCUACUCAGAGCCCCAAGAAACCUCCAACCAAGGACCCAUUAGCGGAUCUUAACAUCAAGGAUUUCUUGUAA